AUGUAUAGCGGUCGCUCAGGUGCCCCUCCUCCCGCACACUCUCCCUAUCCGAACUCGUACAACCAUGGCCCUCCCGGCCACAGUGCAGGUCAUAACGUCCCCCCACCACCCCCGACACAGCCUGUCCAGUUCGGCCAUGGCGCUCCCCAGGGAUAUAGCUUCCAGUACUCGAAUUGCACGGGAAAGCGGAAGGCAUUGUUGAUUGGAAUCAACUAUUUCGGUCAGCGCGGACAACUGCGAGGUUGCAUUAAUGAUGUGAAAAACAUGUCGACCUAUCUGAACCAAAAUUUUGGCUACGCACGCGAGGACAUGGUGAUCCUCACUGAUGACCAGCAAAAUCCAAUGAGUCAGCCAACCAAAGCAAAUAUUCUGCGAGCCAUGCACUGGCUAGUAAAGGAUGCUAGGCCUAACGACUCCCUCUUCUUCCAUUAUUCAGGUCAUGGUGGUCAGACGAAGGAUCUUGACGGCGACGAAGAAGAUGGGAAUGACGAGGUCAUCUACCCUGUGGAUUUCAGGUCGGCUGGACAUAUCGUUGAUGACGAAAUGCAUAGAAUUAUGGUCAAGUCGCUGCUUCCUGGUGUCCGUCUAACUGCAAUUUUCGACUCGUGUCACUCUGGCUCAGCCCUCGAUCUUCCGUACAUUUACUCUACGCAGGGAAUUCUCAAGGAGCCCAAUUUGGCCAAGGAGGCUGGUCAAGGUCUGCUCAGCGUUGUGUCUGCGUACGCGAGAGGAGACGUUUCGGGAAUGCUUUCCACUGUUGGUGGACUGAUAAAAAAGGCUACAAGCGGCGAUGCAAGUCACAGCAAGGCAAGACAAACCAAAACAAGCCCCGCGGAUGUUAUUAUGUGGUCUGGAAGUAAAGACAACCAAACAAGUCAAGACGCUACAAUCGCUGGAGAAGCUACUGGCGCCAUGUCCUGGGCCUUCAUUACUGCGCUGAAGAAGAAUCCACAACAGAGCUAUGUGCAACUAUUGAGGAGCAUCCGUGACGAAUUGGCUACGAAAUAUUCUCAAAAGCCCCAAUUGAGUUGCAGCCAUCCGCUUAACACCGAUCUUCUAUAUGUCAUGUAA